UGGGAAGGGGAGGGUCUUGAGAGACAGGAUGAGUACAGGAAGAUCUGUAAGCUGUCAGAUUCAGUGUUUCUCUACGGAAGCUUUGACACUUCGCAUCAUUACACCUGGGAAACCAAGGGACAGCCCACUAAAUCAGGUUGUCUAUGAUGAUGGAUUUAAGAUGAUGAGAAACCUCUAAGUGUCCUUGCCUUUGGUCCCCUACAGGCAAUUUAACAAGCACAGAAGUAGCUCUUCUUCGGGAAACUGUGACAGACAGGACGGGGGGCGACAAAAUAGCGAUACAGAGGGUAAACGAGUAAGUGAGGUUGAAAGACAGAACCAAGGAUUUAAAGAUCUAAACCUUUUACAAUAGUUCACAACCUCACAGUUUUUGAGGAUCCUUCACUUAUUUUUCAUCGGUUUCCAGAAUUGUAGGGAACAUUUGCACCUAAUUUCAUCUGAGAUAUCACAAGCUGAAAUAAUAAGACAAUGCUGCCCAGCUCUGGGUUGCCAAUGCUAAUACUAGCUACACUUCUGCUAAUCGGCCCUCUAGUGGUCCGAGGGCAAAAUGACACAGAGCCCAUAGUACUGGAGGGUAAAUGCCUGGUGGUCUGUGACUCCACACCCUCUUCAGAACCAGCAGGUAAUGCACUGGGGAUGUCCGUGCGAUCAGGUACUGGCCGUGUGGCCUUCUCCGCCACACGGCAAACCAACCAUGAGCCCACAGACAUGAGCAAUCGCACCAUGAUCAUCUAUUUUGACCAGAUCUUGGUGAACGUUGGCAGUCAUUUUGACCAAGAGAGCAGUAUCUUUCUUGCUCCGAGGCGAGGGGUGUACAGCUUCAACUUCCAUGUGGUGAAGGCCUACAACAGGCAAACAAUACAGGUGAGUUUGAUGUUGAACGGAUGGCCAAUGAUCUCAGCCUUUGCAGGAGACCAGGAUGUGACACGAGAAGCAGCCACAAAUGCUGGGCUUGUGAUCAUGGAAAGAGGAGACAAGGCUUACCUCAAGCUAGAAAGGGGCAACCUAAUGGGUGGCUGGAAGUACUCUACUUUUUCAGGCUUCCUGGUCUUCCCUUUAUAAAGGACGACCGUGUGAACAGCUGGGAGAUGUGGAGGAGAGAGGGUGACAUGCUCUCUGGGGAUUUUUAUUUUACAAAAAUGGAAGUGACAGAAAAGGCCAUAUUUCUUCUUCCUCUUUUUUGGUGGCAGAGCAGAGAAAAUGAAGAAAAUGAUAUUAAAUAAUAUAAAUAUUAUUUAUAUUUUAUUAUUUAAAGAAUAGAAUUAAAUAUUAUUGAGAACAAAAUUUGAAAAAAAGGGAAUUUGAAAAUCACUAAAAAGUCACUAAAAUGAGUUUGAUUGUCUUUUUUGUAACGUAUUUCAGAUAAUAUGCUAAUGCAUAUGGUUAAACUGAAAAAAUGGCAUUGGGGAAAAUAUCAUGAGGCUGUCCUAAUAAUAUACAAUAUUUGAAAUUAUGAGGUUAAAUUAAACAAAAUUCAAUUUCUGAAAUCCCUUUUUAUUCAAAUAUUUAUAUGUUUGCCUGCUUAUGGAGCUGUGUGUGUAUAUUAUAAAGCUUUGUAAAAAUAAAUCUCAUUAAAAUGAACCCCUUGACUAAAAAUCUAAA